CUUGUUCUCCAAACGACCCCUAAGUAGAUUGGUGGAUUAUCCAUGACUCCAAAUGGCAUCCUCAAUCAAGGACCAAUAUGUAAAAUGUGAAAAGUUUAGAUACUAAAAUGUCAUAAUGAAAAACUUUAGGUACCAAAACGUAAUUUUUUAAUGAUAUUUUUCGUAUAAAAAAUUAAAUUUUAGGUACCAAAAUGAAAAAUAUAAAAACUUUAGGUACCAAAUCGUAAUUUGCCAUUUUGAUCCAUGGAUCUAUCCAUAAAUCUACCAAUCCAAUUGGAUUUGGAUCAAAUUGAUUGAAUUUAAAUGAAUUGGAUUGAGUGGAUAUUUUUCAUGAAUUGGUGGAUUGAAUUGAGAAUUGCCCCCUCUACUUUUGAGUUUUGGGGAAUUCGAAAGCCCAUUGGAUCCUCUCCUCUGUUCCCUAAUCGCGAAGUCCAGUCAGUCCGCCGGCCGACGAGGCAUCGACCCGCUGAAACCCACACCGCCACCGCGGUGGGACUAGCAAGUUGUCGAGACCAUGAUAAUUCCCUGGCGUCCAGCCCCCAUCCGAUCGUGUUUACGCACUGGAUAUGGGUUAUCUGUGAAACGAGAGCUAGGAAACACCGCAGAGUUGGGAAGGAACUGGUUAUUACUGGGUUUAGCUGUGGUAUUGGGUUUUGCAGACAUCAUCAAUGGCGGUGUUACCAGCAGUUUCGUCAGAAACUCCGAUUUGGUUCAUGAUAUGCCGCUAGACAGCGAUGUAUUCAAAAUCCCUCGCGGUUACAAUGCCCCUUAACAGGUAAACUUGCAGGUUUUAAGCUUUGCUGCAAACUUCUUUUGGAGUUUGAUCCAAUUAAAAACGCAAAAUAGCUUCUUGUACAGUGAAGAUUUGAUUACCUGAUUUGGAUCCCAGAUGACAACUUGCUCGAAAGUUCCUGACUUUGAUUGCGUGUUCUGCUUUUGAUCUCAACAGAUGGAACUAGCACAAUUUUUUGUUCUUCAUGUUUGGCAUUAGAUUUUCAGUUCGCUGAUAUGCGUAUAGGCUAGGCAUGAUGGUCCCAAUUCAACCUGUUUAAGAAAGUAAAUUAUGACUUUUCAUUCUCUUUCUGUCCAUUGCUGAACACAGAAACAUACUCAAUUCAAAUUUGUUUGUCUUGAUUUCUUUUCUGAAAUGUGGAAAAAGGUCCACAUUACACAAGGAGACCACGAGGGCAAGGGGAUUCUGGUGUCUUGAGUGGCUCCAAAUGAGCCUGGCUCAAAUACAGUUGAGUAUUGGCUUAAAGGCAGCAAGCUAAAGAGUCGUGCUGAAGGAAUUGUUACGAAGUACAAGUAUGUCAAUUAUACUUCUGGCUACAUUCACCAUUGCACCAUUUAAGGCUUUGAGGUAUAUGCAUGAUCCAUAAUGUAAUUCAUUGAGAAAGUUGGUAGCUACAUAUGUGCAUUCUACCUGUUUUAAAUCUCAUGACCAACUUCUGUACCCUAACUGUUAACAGUUUGACAACAAGUACUACUAUGAGGUGGGAAUCGGAAGCAACUCGACCAGGCAAUUCUGGUUCACAACACCUCCUAAACCAGGCCCUGAUGUCCAGUGUACUUUUGGCCUCAUAGGUGAUCUGGGUUUAAACUCAUUAUUCGAACCAGACAAUUGAUCGCUAUCUGUCCAAUCCUGUGGCACCAAAGACAUUGCCGUUUGUGGGUGACCUCUCUUAUGCUGAUGCUUAUCCGUUGCAUUACAAUUUAAGGUCGACUGGGGAAGAAAUUACCUAGAGAUUGGUAUGUAUAACCUCCCUCUCAUCUUGCUCUUAAUAUUCAGCCACACAUUUUGUGUACUAGAUAGAUGACCAAAAUGGUUGUUUGGUGUGUAAUUGCAGGGCGAAACUAAACCCUUCAAGCCUUACACCGUUAUCGUGUCCUAUAUAAAGCAUCAGGCAGUACAUCUCCGCUAGGGUACUAUGUUAAGAGGGCUUCUGCUUACAUUAUUGUCCUCUCCAGCUACUCUGCUUAUGGUAACUGCAGCAUCAUAUAUCUGACCUUAUGCACUAAUAUUGAGUUAGAGGGUUUAAUUUUGAUUUUAAUCUUUGUUUCCAUCUCUAUAUCUUAAUUUUGCAAAUCCAAGGAUGGAAGAUUAUAUGCGAAUUUGAGUAAAAUUCCUCUUUUGCAGGGAAGUGCACUCCUCAAUACAAGUGGCUAGUAGAGGAGCUGCCAAAAGUGAACAGGACGGAGGCACCGUGGCUCAUAGUAAUCAUGCACAGUCCAUUCUAUCAUAGCUAUGGGCACCACUAUAUCGAAGGGGAAACCACGCGAGUGAUGUACGAGGAAUGGUUUGUACAAUACAGGUUUGAUGCUGUCUUUGCCGGACAUGUUCAUGCUUGCGAACAAUCUGUGAGUACACAUUCACCCUUUCUUGCAUCUUUCCUAAUUUGUUUGCAUCCAGUGUCGCAUCGCAUGGAUGCUUUUGUUUCGCGCUGAAUUUGUUUUAUGUGCGGUGUCAUGUUUCCCUUUCGACGCGUCUUCUGCAUUUGACUGCAGACUAAGCUGAGAAGUUUGUGGUUGUGGUUGGAAGAAGAGUAUGUGUAGUUCGUUUCAAUGUAAGAAGUUGUCACACUGUCCUUUUUUCCUUAAAUGGUGUGUCCUUGUGUUUUGGAUAGAUGUCAUGCUUUCCAGAAACAGACGUAGCUUCAAUAUGAACACCUUAAAUGGAUGAUGCAUUGGUAGGUUUGACACAAUGGGCGUGCAGCGAUUCAGUUCAGACUCUGUCUGUUUAGUUAUCUGGAUUAAUUGACGAGAAAGGAAACGCGUUUUCCUUGUAUAUUUUUAUGCUGAUUCGGGUUCAAUUUUGGACCGGAUCAGAUCAAUCAUACUCAUGAGUCGCAUCUUUCAUGUCCCCCCUCCUCUGCAGUCCAACUGUAACAAAGACCAUGUAACUAGGGAUGAUAAUGCUCUUAUGUUGUCUUCAUCCCCAGGAUUGAGUAUCAAACAUUACGAUUGCACUCCGGUUGAGGAUCAAUCCGUCCGGUCUGCAUCACCAUAGGAGAUUUUGGGAAUCUUGAAGGAUUGCUUACAACAGAGUAACACUCUGCUCCUCUGGCCUCUGGGUGCAUAUACCAUAUCAGGGCUCAUGGGUUCUUUUUUUUUUUUUUUUUGCUCUUGAAAGCAUGAUGCCUCAGCCAGCCUACUCAGCCUUCCGAGAACACACGCCUAUUUCGAUUUGGCAUCGGAAUCAAGAUGGUUAUGCUGUCGAAGCCGAUUCCUAGUGGUUGCUCAACAGACACGCACUGGCUGCAGCCCUUGGCUGAGUCGUCGCAGGCUGCCGCGAUUUUGAAGAGGUGUGUUUCGAGCCACCUUUGGGAAUAUGUAUAAUCCGAGUUGUUGGGAUCGAAUGUUCCACUUCAAAGUUAGGAACUCUUGUUGUGGGUUUGGUUCAAUAGCUUAUAAUCAAUCCACAUAAAUGAAAAGAGUUAUACAAAUCUUCACGUGCAUGAUAGGUGAUUGAGGAUCGAUCUCUCUUUCGUUAGUUCCAAUUAAGCUCAGCACCAGAA